CCCAAUCUCAAAGAAUCCAGGUAUCUUAUCACUGAAGAUCAUCAGAAUGUUCGUUAAGGUUGUUGCCCUUGCGCUUGUUCUUUGCGCCUUUACAGGCUCUAAGGCUGAGAUCCAAAGUGAACAAGUGGUCAAUGCUUUCUGGGACUAUGUCUCCAAACUGACCAAAGAUACCAAAGAUGCCGUGGACCAGAUUCAGCAAUCUGAGAUCAGUCAACAGCUCAAUUCUCUCAUCCAGGACAACCUGAAGACAGUAAAUCUUUAUGCUGAAGAAAUGCCAAACCAACUCAUCCCUCUAGCCAAACAGAUUCACGAUCAACUAACUCAGAAUUCAGAAAAACUUCGGGAGCAGAUCAGACAGGAACUUGAGCAAUUAAAGAGCAGGUUCUCUCCAUAUUCAGAUGAGGUCCAUAAUCAGCUGAAAAUAAAUUUAGAACAGUUGCAACUAAAGCUUACUCCAUAUGCUGAGGAACUUCAGACACAGAUUGAGAAGAAUACCCAGGUGGUCAGUGAGCAACUGAAGUUGGUGGCCAAGGAAUUAGAUGCUAAGAUAAGAGAAAAUGCAGACAAUGUCCAAGUGUCUUUGGCCCCAUUUGCCCAGAAACUCCAGGACAAAAUAGAUGAAAGUGUAGAGCAGAUGCAAAAACAGGUUGUCCCCUACACCGAGGAGCUACGAGAAAAAUUAAGGCAGCAAUCAGAAGAAUUGCGUCAGAAGCUGAGUCCCUAUGCAGAUGACAUGCAAGAUAAUUUGAACAAGUAUAUCGAAAACAUGGAUUUCCAAAUGAAGAAAAGCGUGGACCAGAUGGAAGCCAAGAUGUCGGAGCUCACAACAAACCUGAAAAAGCAGUUAGACCCCUACGCUGAUGAGUUGAGAGAUAAACUCAAUGAGAAUUUGAAGGAUGCCACACAGGCUUUGGAGCCUUAUUUGUCCAAAAUGAGUGAAAGCAUGGACCAGAAAAUCUCAGAAUUUAAAGACACGAUGACCCCAUAUGGAGAAGAACUCAAUAAGGCCCUUUUGCAAAGGGUGGAAGAUAUGAACCAGAAACUUGGGCACUACACAGUAAGUGUGAAGGAUCAGCUAGAGUACCUUGAGAAAGAUGUCCGGGACAAGAUCAAUGACUUCAUCAGCAGAGAUGUUCAUACAGAAGAGUAAAUCAAAUUCCACUACACUGUAACAACAAGCUGCUACUUAAUAUACAAAUGGCACCCCAUUCCAUUCUAACUAGAAUGGCACCCAAAUACACAAAUAACAUUUCCACCUGAUACAAGGAUAUUAUUAAGAGAAAAUAAUUAGAUAAAUCUUUACAGAGAACAAGAAGCACUUUUUACUUUAUGCGACUAUAGCCAAACAUUGUGCAUGUCUUGUUGUCCCAUAUGGUGCAAUACUUGUCAAAAUAA